GAUAUAUUUACAUUCAGUCGCAAAGAAGACACAAAACGGGUUAGUCUCUCAGUUCUUUUGAAGAAGGCUAAAAGAUAAACCCAGCGUAGUCCGGUUGUGAGCAGUAACGAUAGCAAUUAAGCCGGGUUACAUCAGUGAAAAUCACUAUUCAAAAAAUUCGGAAAACAACCGCGACACGCAUUAAAAAAUUAUAUUGCAAUAAAUAAAAGACAAUUGGAUGGAAAACACAACACAACCAGAAAAGAUAGCCGCGGACUUGCGUGGAAUUAUCUAAAAACUCAAAGGCAACCAUAGCCCGAUACAAUUGGUUGCAGUGGAAAGUAUGUGAUGGUUUCAUCUGUGAACAUGCGUUUUGUGAUUUUAUGAUUAUUUGUGAAAAGUGAUUUUGGGAAAGACAACAAGUGACGGAGGGAAGACAUGAUCCCCCACAAUGGAAUAAUGGUUGCAAUAAUGAUUAUUGCACAAUAUCGCAACUGAGUAGUGCAUAGUGCGCUUUAUUACCCAUAAUCAGCUCAGAGUAUCUUUUUUGUGAAGAUACCGCAUCACAAGUGUACUGCAAAACAUUUGCAAUUGCAAAAGGCAAAAGUCUAACCGUGAAACGAAAAAUAAUUGUAUUGAGUUAAUAAAAUAGUUUUGCAAUGAUUCAAUCAAUUGAAAAAGUCAUUUUCAUAGUGAUGUCUUUGAAGAAAAAAGAUCCGAAUGCAUCCGGUGGAUUACGAGUCACUGCGAAUGAUCCACAUCUGGUCAGUUUGGGAGGCGGCCGACUAAGUACAGUCGUAACGAUUCACUAUAUUCCAAUAGGCAGCACAACUAUUGGAUCAUCGCCGUCAUGUAGUGUGUCGUUGAAUGGUUCCGGUGUCCGGAACCUACACUGUAGCGUGAAGCGAAAUGAAGAGGGCGAAAUCACAAUCUUGCCGGAAGUGGAUGCACGUGUUCUUAUCGAUGGGAAUAAAAUCACAUCUGAAACUAAGUUAACACAAGGCGCAAUGCUAACAAUUGGUAAUUCAAACUACCUACGAUUCAAUAAUCCCGCCGAAGCGCAGCUUAUACGAUCGACUAUGGGCAGCAAUGAACGAAUAUCGAUGCCACAAAUUGAUUUCACUCAGGACGCGAAUGGUGGUUCGAAUCGAACCACUCCCGAGGAAGUUCUCAAAAAUUUCAAUAGCUUCCUCGAAUCUCAAAAUAAAAGUAGCCACAAACAAAACAAUGAAACCGUAUCGAAUAAAUCAGCCAAAAUUGAAUACCUCAAUAUCACUAAUUUCUUCUCACCGAAAGUUUUUACCGCCGACUCAAUAACCGUUAAUGCACCAGCUAAAGACGUCCUCGGACCGAAAUAUGCAAAUUUCGCCAAGAAUCUCGCCGAAAAUCACAUGAAAGAAAAGAACCUUAGUACAAAGACCAAUAAUGAAAUGAAUCUAAAGACCAGUAAUAAUUAUGUAAACAUUCCAUCGAGUUUUAUACAAAACUCAUCGACUUCGUCGUCUUCAUCAUCGCCAUCAUUAUCCAGCCACAGUUCCGCAACCAGUACGCAUUUGAACAGCACCAGCGAAGUAUUAACGAAAGUCAACAAUAAUUCAAGUACAAGAAACUAUUGCCAUUUGUCCUCGACAUAUGAUCGAUAUCCCAAGCCAGGAUCGUACGGAGGACUGCAAAUAUAUCCUAUGAACGGAGUCAAUUCAGAUAUAAACUGCCCAACGUCCGCCGAUGUAUCGCACAAUCAACCAAGAAGUCAGGAAUUAUCACCCCAAGAACAGGAACGAGUCGAUGAAAUUCUUAAAAUGUGUGCCGAGUUUGAACGGCAAAAUCAAGUAACCACCAAUAGUGUCCAAUCUUCCCCCAUAGUACAAAACCGCAUAAAAACCAACGGAUCCCUACCUCGUGAGAAAAAAUCACCAUUCUACGACAUCGGCUCCCAAUCCUCGAAAGCCUUCUUCCCCGACAAACAGCCUCCUACCAAAUAUAUGUCAACUGGCUAUGAAAACGUUCGGCUGGUCGGUGAUCGGCGGGUUGAAAUCGGUGGUGCUACGUGCUCCCCAAAAAUCUCAAGUGGUUACGAGAAUGUAACCCUCUCAUCCAAAUAUACGCCUCAGUCUCCGCGGACAAAAAUCCGAACUACAUGCACAUCUCCAAAGCGAGACAUUCACACGACACCCCAAAUUACACACCCCACUUCGCAUCAAGCCAAAGAAUAUGCCCAUCUUAUUCAAAGUUUCGAGAACAAACUUAAGUUUGAGAUGGAUGCUAUGCGAAGGGAGGAGGGUUCCAGAUCAAAGAACACUGCAAGUCCAGAACCGAUGAAAAAACGACCGAAUCGGAAUAUUAAUAAUUUGACGCUGGAUUUGAGCUCAGCGACGGAUGAUGAUAAGGAUAAAGAGAAAUUGGAGGAUUUGAAGUUGAAAAGGGAAGCGGUUUUGGAUAAGAUACGAAGACUGAAAACUCAAAUUGCAGAUGUGCAACGACAGGAGGAUGAGGUCAUUCGGGAGAUGGACAUGGAGAAAGCACUCGUUUCUGCUGAGAUGGACACUGUAAACGGUAACAUUGUUGAAAUGGAAAAGACAUUUGUUACCCUACAAUCGAAAAUUCAUCGCAUGGAGGCUCAAAGAAACGCCAAUCGUGUUAUGCAAGAAACUCAACAGGCGAAAUUGAAACAAAGCAUUGAAGUGAAGCAGGAACAGGUGGCAAGAAUGGAAAUUUUAGUUGCUGAAAAUCGCAGCGAUACGACUCUCAAAGAAGACCUCGAAAAAACCAAGGAAUCUCUUGAGAAUGAUCGUAAAACUUUCGAAGAUAUGGAAUUCCAAUAUCUUGAAGAAGAAACAGAAUGGCUUGCCUACCGUGAAGAAUUGCACAAUGAAUUAAAGUCAAUCUCGAAACAGAUCGAAGAUAAGCGAGUACAAAUGCUUCGUCUUGAGAACGAAGGAGUAGAAAAUCAAAAUGCCGCAUGCAGCGAUACUAAAACUCUCGAAAAUAACCUUCUCACACUUCUAACAACCCUUGAAAAAAGCAGGGAAGAACUGCAAUCAAUAGAUAAGACAAUUUUUGAAAUAUCCGGCCAGCAACAAAGCCAAUCGGAUAGCGAUGAUGAUGGUCUGAUGAAUUAUAAUGAUCGACACUCGCAUCCUGCAACCAAUAUGAUGUCACAAUCGCUAUUUGGCUCAACUGAAAUCCUUUCAGCAAAGCCGAAAGAUGUUGAUUUAAUGUCUCGCAGUGUAAAUGAAAAUAUGUUCUUCAAUAACAUCGAAAUGCCUUCAUUCAGUCGUGGUGCAAGCAGCACAUCGACAAGUACACCGAAAAAGGAAUUGAAAAUUUUUCAGAUUCAUGAUGAUACAAACACCGCUGCCGACGACACCAUUCCGAAAAUGGUUCAUCGUCGGUCAAACGAAGAAAAUGAUCCUUUGUUGAAGUUGAAAUAUAAUGUCGACUCGAACUCGAGCCCAUCACCAACUCCAUCCAGUGCUGAUGAACUCAAGGCCAAGGUUAACUUGAAUUUAUCUCUCGGCAGUGAUGACUUUGAAGUGAAUCCUUUGGAAAAACGGAUGCCUUCUCAGGACGAUAUAGAUCGAAUUUCUAAAGUGACGUUGGACGCACCGAUUUCGACAACGAAAGGUGCCAGCACUAAAAUAAUUGAGAGCAUUAAAGAGAUUGAAAGGAAUCGUCAAUUGUUGUUAGCACAACAAGGAUCGCAUGUCAUUGAACACGAACGACAGAAAAUGUUAGAGUUGAAGAAGAAAAGUAAGGACGAAGCGAGAAUUCAGUACUUGCAGCAAAUAAGUGGGUCAAGCAAUGGAGUUAUCGAAACUUUGGAAUCAGACUCAUCAACUGAUAGUAAAUCCCGGAAGAAUGUAAAAGUAAAUGGAGAUGCACGAGAUAGUGAUGUCAGAGAAAAGUUAACGGGGACGGCGAAUGAAGAUGAUGACGACACUGAAGAUUCCAAGCGGGAAGAGAGGAAGGAAUGGAAGCGAAAUGAUUCAGAGGAGGAAUCUAGUCAACAACGCCAUUCAAAUCCAGAAUUUGAAUCUCAUCAGAGUCGCCCCUUAUCUGAAGCUAAUUCAGAUUUAAGUUAUGAUCUACUCUCCGAGAAGCCAUUCAAAUCAACAAAUGACAUUGGACCAAAUCAACUAGGAGACAACAGUAGUGAUGAAGUGAAGCGAUCAAGUAUUAAUUCAAAUGAUUCAACAGGAACCGAUCGCUGUCUAGUUAGUGGUAGUCGAAGAAAUCUGCCAAAACAUCAGCGCCCGCUCACGCGAUAUUUGCCAAUAUUUUCUGCCGAUCUAGACUUGAGGCAACACAUCGAAUCUGCCGGACAUCAGAUAACGUUAUGUCCACAUGUUAUUGUGGACUCAACUAGCUGUCGAGGCUACCUCCAUAAACUCGGAGCGACAUUCCACGGUUGGUCGAGACGAUGGUUCGUUUUGGAUCGUCAAAAGAAUGCCUUUAUCUAUUACUCAGACAAGUCAGAACGAAAACCACGUGGUGGAGCCUAUUUCUCUACAAUCGACGAAGUUUACUUGGAUCAUUUGAACACAUCGAAAAGUGGUCGACCUCAUUGUACGUUCAUAGUUAAAACGAAAAAGCGCAGCUAUCACUUGCAGGCAGCAUCCGACGCAGCAGCUAGAAUUUGGAUUGACGCCAUUAUAACCGGGGCUCAAGGGAACAUUGACUAUUAAAGGGACAAUGAAAUCGAGUGGAAGAUUGAUUAAAAGGAGGAAUUGAUACUUGCAAAUGGAAGAUGAAUGAUGAAAAUUACAUAGUCAGCAGGUUUACAUUUUGAUUUCAAUUUUACGGAAUUUGAAAUGCAGCUUAAUUUUAAUUUUAUUCCUAGAGAGUAUUGUAUUUUUUUUUUCUUUCUUAAUAUUACGAAACUGACAAAAUUUAUAUUAAAUAAUUUCAAUAAAAACACGAAGAUGAAGUACGACAAAAAAUUAAAUUUCUAACUCAUAAUUGAACAUACCAAAGGAUUUGUUAUACAUACUUGAAAUUCGCUCUGCGAAUGUAUUCAUAUGCCCUAUUUUUAAUCAGCUACAACUACUACAUUUUCUUAUUUUACAUUAACAAAAUAAUUAGUACGGAAUAGCUUCGACAUGUUUUAAUGUGUACAGAAGUUAGGUCUCUCUCUUUCCUUUCUCCUCGUAGAUAUUGAGCAGUUUGUAAUGAAUACGGUCUCGUUUUAAGAUUAUCUCCUGUUAUAGAAGAGGAAAGCCUUGUUAGCUAGAUAUACGUGCCUUAAUUUCAAGGACUGAAAAGAUUUUCACAAUAUUUUGAUAUGAAAUUUUCGAUUCUAAAGUAGAAAGACGAAAUAUGAUAGAAAUAUUUACAUACAUGGAUUUUGUCUCAUAUCUUUUGUCAUUCAAACUUCAUCCUGAUUUGGUAUUUGUAUACUUAAAUAAUAUAAAAUGUUUCUUUUCUAAACGCAGGAAACCCUUAAUGAAAUUCCCAUUCGCUUUUGCGAAUUAGGUUUACUGAUGAAUGUAUGUUACUUUUUUGGAAUUUAAGUUUGAGGGAAAUCUUUUUCUUUGGAUGGCUCGAAAUUUAAGUAAGUUUAAGUCAAGACAUAAUAAAUUUUAAUGAAUUAUGUAACAAAA